AUGCCAGGAGAAGACGAAAGGACCCCGCCACAGUCACCACGAUCGAAGGCCUUGCUGCAGCACUUUGAGCGCAAAGUGAGGCUCCAUGCUGAACACCUUGAUGAGGAUGUUCGUGUCACCAAUGAACGCCUAGGUCAAUUGGAGGCCACGCAGAUCAACACCAACACCAGACUGACAGCAUUGGAAGGCACUCUUGGGGCUCUUAACACCUCCCUUGUAGGUAUUUUGGAGCGGUUGGAUAGGAUGGGCCGGAAAGGCCAUGAUGGUUCAGGACGGCGCAACAACAACAACACCGACAGCAGUGUAGCUGGACAUGAUGAGGAGGAAUAUUCAGCGGACACCGAGCACGAUGGUGAGGUAAAUGAUCAACGACGCCACCAGCAGCGCCGCCAUCGACAUGGUACACGUGCUCGUCAACCACGACGAGAGGUACGUGAUAAUGAUGACCCUUUGGGGAAGAUCAAGUUUAGCAUGCCCUCCUUUGAUGGAAAAUAUGGCCCCAAUGCAUAUCUUACUUGGGAACUAGCGGUUGAUCAAAAAUUUGCAUGUCAUGAUUUUCCUGAAAACAAACGUGUUAGGGCUGCUACUAGUGAGUUUACUGAUUUUGCUUCUAUUUGGUGGAGUGAAUACAUUCGCAGCCACCAAAACAACACUCCACAAACUUGGGAAGCUAUGAAAAGAAUCAUGCGAGCUAAAUUUGUUCCCUCUUAUCAUACACGAGAUCUUCUGCAUAAGCUACAGCUUUUGAGACAGGGAAACAAAUCUGUAGAAGAAUAUUAUCAAGAGCUGCAAACAGGGAUGCUUCGGUGUGGUUUGGUAGAAAAUGAGGAUGCAGCUAUGGCUAGGUUCAUGGGCGGGCUGAACCGGGAAAUUCAGGAUAUUCUGGCUUACAAAGAAUACAAUUCGAUCACUCGUUUGUUUCAUCUUGCUUGUAAGGCUGAAAGGGAAGUACAGGGACGGAGAGCUAGCACAAGAACUAACAUUUCUGCAGCUAACAAUGCAGGGGGAGAUGGGGAGCACAACCAAGAUGAGGAGCACAUUGGAACAGAACAUGCUGAGCACUAUGAGAGCCUCGUGGUGCAGCGAGUGUUGAGCGCACAAAUGGAGAAGGCUGAACAAAAUCAGCGCCACACUUUGUUCCAAACCAAGUGUGUGAUCAAAGAGCGCUCUUGCCGAGUGAUCAUUGAUGGAGGGAGCUGCAACAACUUGGCAAGUGCUGAAAUGGUGGAAAAGCUUGCGUUGAGCACCUGGCCACACCCGCAACCUUACUACAUUCAAUGGCUGAACAGUAGCGGUAGACCAUGGCAGUUUGACAUUGAUUCUUUGCACCAUGGUAAAGCUAAUCAAUACUCUUUUAUGCACAAUGGCAAGAAAUUUGUUUUGCAUCCAAUGUCUCCUGAAGCAAUUUUAAAAGAUGAACUUACUAGAGCUAGUAAAUUGAAGAAUCAGAAGCAUGCUAAGAGUGAAAAUCAGAUUGUGGCAAAUGAACUUGAGAAGCAUAAAACGAAAAAUGCCAAAUCUGUUCAUGAUACUAAAAAUGAGAUUAAGCUGAAAGGGUCAUGUUUCAUUGCUACCAAAUCUGAUUUGGAUGAGAUCAAUGCUACCACUGCUGAGUAUGCGGACAUUUUUCCAAAGGAGGUGCCAUCAGGGCUGCCACCAAUUCGUGGGAUUGAGCACCAGAUUGACCUCAUCCCCGGGGCCUCCCUGCCCAACCCAAAUCACUAG